CCUGUCCUGACCUCGUCGGCGCCGCGCUCCUCCCAAGAACCUCAACUCUCGUUUGCCAUCCCCAACCCGACUACACCCGUUGCGUCUGCAUCCCUUUACGUCUCGUUGCGUGCGAGUCUUCUCCCUCGUCCGGCAGGCCUAGCUCAGCUUCUUUUUCUUGGAACCGGGCAGAGAUAAGGCAUCUCAGCUUCACCAAUUCGCAACCCCUUUCGUGGUCUCCUUUAGCCGGUCCGCCCCCCCAUCGCCCGACAGUCAAGAUGGCCACCAUGCCUGCGAGCACUAUUGUCCCCAAGAGCCACGUCGGUUUCGACAGCAUCACGUCUCAGAUUGAGAAGAAGCUGUUGAAGCGUGGUUUCCAGUUCAAUGUCAUCUGCGUUGGCCAGACUGGUCUGGGCAAGUCGACUCUGAUCAACACCAUCUUUGCUUCGCACCUCAUCGACUCCAAGGGUCGCCUGCAGCCCGAGGAGCCCAUCCGCUCCACCACCGAGAUCCAGGCUGUGUCCCACAUCAUCGAGGAGAAUGGCGUCCGACUGAGGCUCAACAUUGUCGACACUCCCGGUUAUGGCGAUCUUGUCAACAACGACCGAUGCUGGGACCCCAUCGUCAAGUACAUUAAGGACCAGCACUCUGCGUAUCUGCGAAAGGAACUCACUGCCCAGCGCGAGCGCUAUAUCCAGGACACUCGCAUCCACUGCUGCCUGUUCUUCAUCCAGCCCUCCGGUCACUCCCUGAAGCCCAUUGACAUUGUUGUCCUCAAGAAGCUCUCAGAUGUCGUCAAUGUCGUGCCCGUUAUUGCCAAGGCCGACACCCUCACCGUGGAGGAGCGUCGGGACUUCAAGGAGCGCAUCAAGGAGGAGUUCGCCUUCCAUAACCUCAAGAUGUUCCCGUAUGACAAUGAGGAGUUCGAUGACGAGGAGCGUGCGCUGAAUGGUCAGAUCAAGAGCCUCGUGCCUUUCGCCGUUGUCGGGUCGGAGAAGUCCAUCAUUGUCGACGGAAAGCAGGUUCGCGGCCGCCAGAACCGAUGGGGCGUCAUCAACGUCGAAGACGAGAACCACUGCGAAUUCGUCUACCUGCGCAACUUCCUGCUCCGAACACACCUCCAGGAUCUCAUUGAGACGACCUCUCAGACUCACUACGAGACUUUCCGUGCCAAGCAGCUGCUGGCCCUGAAGGAGAGCAGCGCACACGGCGGUGGUGCUAGCAGCCGACCCAUCAGCCCCGCUGCUGAUCGGGAGCUGAGCCGCAACUCGCAACGAAUGGCCAUGAACGGGUACUAGGCAGAUGUUUGUUAUUGAUGCUUGUUCUUGCGAGGGAGCAAUGGCGUCGCUGGACGGCUAGGGGGGGAGUGCACCAGACCGUUUUCCCAACGAGAAAUCGACAUCUGUCACUGGUCAUGCGGGGCAGAUGGCAGUAAUAUACCAGGUCUGGGAAGGGAGACCAUUUUUUCCGUGGCAAUCCGACUCAUGACUGGUCUGAAAAGCCUUUUCUUCGACGAGCCAUGGUGGAGAGAGCACCUAGGCGGAUCAUGCGCAGUCAAGGCGACAAGGCUGGCUGACUGGCGGCAAGGAGAGCAUGGCCAGUGUGUUGAGCGGAUUUGUUUGAGCCGGGUUCAGUGGCUUUCUGGGGUCUGCCGCAUUACAGUGGUUGGCUGUACGUUGUUUGCACGCGAUUCAAUUUGUCUUUAGUAGCCCAUGAAGCCCACGAGGCUCUUCUUUACCAUUUCUCCCUAUCUUAUAAUCAGGCCUCUUAGCUCGCGCUCGCAUACGAUCAGAGUCUGUUGUCACGUCGUACAGAGUGGUUACAUGCAGAGCACGGAUGAAGAGGGGACAAGACCUCCACGUAGGCACCUCGUAAUGGGAGUUAUCUGCGCCUGUUUUGCUCCCAAUGUGCCUAAACUAACGCAGAAGAAAGCUGCGGUGUUCGCUUCAAAUAUUCUGAAU